UAGCGUCAAACAAAUUCGUUUGUGAUUUGUGAUAAUCGAUAGAGGUUAUGGAGUAAAUCAUCAAUUUUAUUUUAGUGAAGUGUUGUGUUAUUAUCAGUGAUAGAAAUGGAGGCGAGAAAGGAAACUUUAUCUUCCUUUAAACUUUGUCGUUUUUGUUUAGCUCAAGGCGAUACGCUAACAAGUAUAUAUGAAAAGCGAGCUACUAAAAACAAUGUUAAUCUUCCACUAAAAAUAUUGUCAUGCGUCAAUAUUGAGGUAUUUCCCUCUGAUAAAAUGCCAACUUACAUUUGUGCCCGCUGUAAAUUUUUCAUGGAAAUGAGCUAUGACUUCAAGCACAUAUGCAGGCAAGCAGAUGAGCAUAUCUUACAAUAUGUACAGAACGCUACCCCCUUGACAUCUAUGUCCUGGCCGCAGUCUCUGCUCAAAUUGUUUCGUAUGGCUCACAAAACACCGGAAGUCCCUCUAAUGAAGACUGUCAUAGAGGGUGGCACCACUGUCCAUGUGACCGCACAGGAGUCAGAAACUGAUGAGGAGGACGAUGAAAAUGUCUACAAUGUUAAGAUUGGAGAUGGUUCCGAUGAUGGAUCAAAGAGUGCUAGAGUAAAGGUUAUAACAGAUAUAAAACAAGAAAAGGGGAAACCAAAACGGGCCAAAGGUUUCGCAACGGGGCAGAAGUUAGCGAGACAUGUGCGCUCAACACACGUUGAGGAAAGGUCGUUCCCGUGCAAGUAUUGUAACAAAAGCUUCGUCAAGUCCCAUCACUAUACGAGACAUCUCCGUCUAAAACACCGUGAGACGAUCCGCACGUGCCGCGGCCCAUUCGGCGAGACGGACCAGUACCGCUGCGAGCAGUGCGAGGACAGCUUCGCGACGCAGGACGAGCUCAUCUACCACUCCGCCAUACAUGCGACCCAGAGCCUCACCUGCCCCCUGUGUCAGGAGAAGUCUGAAGACGUUGAUGCUGUCACUGCACAUAUUAAGUCUCAUGUCAAUGGUUUGGAGUACAUGUGUGACCUGUGCGAGUUGGUGUUCACGUCGAAGGAGAAGCUGGACAAUCAUAUUCACAACGCGCAUGGAGAUGAACUACACAGUGUACCGGAUCUAAUGCAAUACGAGUCAUCCACUGAAAUGGAUGUUGAUGAAGAUGAAGAGGACAAUGGCAUCAAUGUAAAAGAGUUGGACGACCACAUGGUAGUCGAAUUGAAGAAGGCUAGUGAAUAUCUGUUGCCGAAUGCAGCAGACGAAUCUGAGGAAAAAAACGCUAAUACUAAUUCAGAAGAGAGCGACUCAGAAAUGGGGCUUCCCGAUCUAGCAUCUGCAAUAUCAAUACCUGAGAAGGUUGUUGAGAAACCUGUUACUGAGGCGGUGUCGAUAGCCACUGUAGGUGGCGCCACCAUCACCAAGACCUUCACUCCGGCUAAAAUCAACACUGAAAAGGGAGAAAGUCCGACUGCAAGUAUUCUUCGUAAAGCGGAAGAAAUCAAGAAAAAAGUAGUGCAGCAAGCAGCGGCCGAACCAAUUGCUGAGAAGAAAAACAAUAGUAAAACAGAGAAUAACUCGGCCGGUACCAGCGAUAAGUCGCUGCGUAUGUUAGAAAAAGAGUUACAAGAGCUUAAAAGGACCAACCCCCGCAUUGAAGCCGCUAAGACUCCCGCGAAGCCUUUAGAAACUUUAAGAAGUAGACGUGCACAAAUGCACACCUCCACUCCUAAGCCAAGAACGCCUACAGAAGAAAAGAAAACGCCAUUAGUAGCCAAAUCACCGGCUCCCGAGAAGAAGGUACCAGAACGUAGAGUUGUUACCAAAGAGAACAAGGAACCCAAAGACACCAAGGAGGUGAAGGCUAACAACGGUAACGUUAAGGAUGACAAAGAUAAAGAGGUAAAGGAAAAGGUAGCUAAAGAUAAAGAAACAAAGGAAAAAGAUAACAAGCAGAAGGAGGUGAAAGAAAAAGAAACACCGAAGAGUGUAGUCAAAAAUGGUAAUGACAAGAGCAAUCCCGAAGAAGGUAUUCGCAGAUCUACAAGACCUUCCAAAAUCAAGGAUUACGCUAAGAUGAUACGUGACAGGUCCCAGGAUUCCGAUGAAAAUGACGAUUCAGAUGACACAGAUGAUGAAGAAUAUAAAGAGACUGAGAAAGUUCCCGAGACCAAAACAAGAGCACGCAGAUCUAGUAUCAAGACUCCGGCACCCAAAACUACUCCUUCGCCUGCGCCUAGGAAACGUGGCCGGCCGCGUAAGGACGCUACUACUACUCCUGUAGCCGCCAAAGUUCGGAAAGAGGAAGUUGAAGACGAGGAAGAAGAUGCUUCUGAAAGUGAAAAGGACAAGUCUAAGACUGCGCCCGCCGCUGAAAAAGAAAAAACGCCCGAAAUCAAGAGCACACCAGAAACCCCUGCAGAAACUAAUGAGGCUAGCAAACCAACUGACCAGAAGCCAGCAAGUACAAUAGUGUCGCCCACUGGACAGACUUUGAAGAAAAUACCCAUCAGAGCGUUACCUCCUGGAGUGAAACCAAUGCCUUUACCAGUAACUGCGAGACCAAUGGGCGGUGGCGAAGUAUGCGAGAUGCAAAUCGGCAAGAAGGUGGUCAAAGUACAGAAAAUUGUUAUGACGAAAGCAGAAGUCGAGGCUAUGGCUAAGAAGGGAUUAGUAGAAAUGAAGGAUGGUACAAUGGUACUGAAACAGGGAAUAAAGCUCCCAACUUCAGACGGAUCAGUUCUCAAAACAAGUCUAGUCGGGGAUGAUGCGGGUAAAGAAUCUCCUAGUAAAAAAGAGAAGGUAGCGCCAACGCGGUGUGACUUAGGCGAAAACUUGUGAAGUGUGCACAAGAAACAUUGUUUUGUGUUAUUCUCAUUUAUCAUAUUAGAAAGGCACAUAGCUGUCGUUUAAUACUUAUAAUAAUAGUGUUUAACACCAAUGUAUUUUAUUAAGCAAUUUCUGAUAGGUAAAUGUCACUGUAAACUUUAAGUAUUGUAACGGUUUAAUGUAAUAAAUCAGUUCCAUUAGCGAGGUUUCACCUGUAAUGAUCUACAUGCGUUUUACAUUAUGUAAUUAUUAUUCUGUAAGAACAGUGCCCUAUGUUUAUUCACUUAUUAAGAUUAAAUAAUAAGACCUAAAUGGAUUAAAAGUUCAAUUAUGCAAUGCGUUAAGGAACUUAAAAUAAUAAAACAUAGUUAAAAUA